AUGGACGCACUAUUCGCGAAGGGCGAUGCAUUGGGGCCUGUGCAGAAGAGGAGGAGGAUCUACAAGGAUGACUCUAAGAGACGACCGGAGGCGACGUCCAAGGCGGGCCCCUCACACGACCGUACCCUGAAUUCCGUCUCCCUCCACACAUCAGUACCAAAGUCUUUGCGCCAGACGUCACCACCUUCGGAGAAUAUCCCGAAGUAUUCUCAUAUACAAGACAGCAAGCUGCGCACGAAGCUUACCAGGCAGUCAGUGCAGUCCGCUCGCAACAGAGCAUUGGUGAAGGAUGCGGAGCUUCUGCUCGCCGAGGAAGUCGGAUUGAUUGAGGUGGAGGGGGAUCUGGAAAAGACUUGGAGAGUCGGUCAAGACGAGGUCGCUCAGGCCGCUGGGCAGGAAGCAGCAAAAGGCCGAAAAGAGUGGACCCUAGACGGCGGCCCGUACCGAUCAAGAUAUACACGGAACGGAAGACAUCUGGCUGUAGUCGGAAAAAAGGGUCAUGUCGCUACUUUUGAUUGGCAAGCAGGCACGCUGCACGCUGAACUUCAGCUACAAGAGACAUGUCGGGACAUAACGUUCUUGCAUGACCAUUCCCACUUCGCCGUAGCGCAACAGAAGUAUGUAUAUAUCUACGACCGCGACGGAGUAGAACUCCAUCGUCUCAAGUCACAUAUUGAGCCGACAAGGCUUGAGUUCCUCCCUUACCACUGGUUACUCGCUAGCGUUGGUAAUGCGGGAUACCUAAAAUAUCAAGAUACAUCUACCGGCCAACUUCUCGUUGAACACCGGACAAAACUAGGUGCCUGCAACACGAUGGCCCAAAACGUACACAACGCCGUGAUCCACCUUGGGCACCAAAAUGGCACCGUCACGCUAUGGACGCCCAACCUCCCACACCCUGCUGUCCGCCUGCUAGCGCACCUUGGGCCCGUCGUCAGUAUCAGCGUGGACCCAAGCGCGGGUGGACGCUAUAUGGCUACUGCGGGGCAAGACGGGACGGUCAAGGUAUGGGAUUGUCGGAAUUGGAAGGGCGCGGUGCGACAGUGGUCGACGAGGGGCGGAGGAGGGGAGCUGGAAUGGAGUCAAAAGGGUGCAUUAGCAGUCGCAACAGGCGGCAGCGUGAACGUUUACUCCAAACCCUCCAUCCAGACGCCUUUUGCGGCGACGGUCACGCCUCCAUUAUACCUCACUCACCCGAUACCACACAGGCCGUUGACGUCGGUGCGGUUCUGCCCGUUCCAUGAUAUACUCACGGUUGGCCACACUGCGGGAUUGUCGAGUGUCCUUGUCCCGGGCUCUGGGGAGCCGAACUUCGACUCGGCCGAAGCAGAUCCCUUCGAGAACAAGAGAGCGCGUCGGGAGAGAGAGGUCAAGGGGUUGUUGGACAAGAUCCAACCGGACAUGAUCGCUCUUGACCCCGAGUUUAUCGGAUCCUUGGCGCCACCGCCGAAAUUGUCCACCGCUAUCGAUGGGCAAGCAGACAUUCCGUUCGCUCGCCUACCCCGACUCGAACGUCUGCGCAUGCGCGGCAAGAACAAGAGUAUGAAGAGAUUCCUUCGGAAACAACGCAAGAAUGUUAUCGACCCUCGUGCUGUACGUGCAUUCUAG